UUUCACAAUCUCGAAACAUUAGCAGUCCAACAUACUGAGUGUUCUUUGAGUGCGCGCACAGGACACCUUAACUUUCUUUCCUUUCUGAGCUGCCCACUUGUCUGUUACACCCCCAUUUUCUCUCUAGUGGGAGUUCACCGACCCUUUCUUUUGGUAACUUGCAUUAUUAUAGUAGAUAGUGAUAAUCGAAUGAAGAGACCAUUAUUGUUGGUGCAUGUUUUUGUUUUGCUUCAGUCAUGGCCUUCUCUUCCUGCUUUUGCUAUCCUCAAUUCUCACUCAAGAAUGAUUGCUCAGGGCUGACUAUAAGAUCUCAUCACAUUGUUGGGAAAGAUCGAAAGUUGUUUUCUUCACUCAGAAGUAACAGCAUCGAACUUUUUGGCCAACGGGUUGCAAGAGUGGGAGCUGACUUACACAGAGACUGGAAUUUUCUUGGAGGUUCAAGAAUUAUCGUUCAUCCAAAACUAACAAAUUUCCUUGUCUAUCGAAAAAGCUCAGGAGUAAAUGCAUCAUGGUUGACAAGUUCUCAGAUUGCGAGCAGUGUUUUUACUUUGGGAACAGCAGCUGUUCUCCCAUUUUACACGCUCAUGGUUGUAGCUCCUAAAGCUGAAGUGACCAGAAAGUCUAUGGAAAGUAGCAUUCCAUAUAUUGUGCUUGGACUUCUGUAUGCAUUUCUAUUAUACCUCUCUUGGACACCUGACACAAUGCGUCUAAUGUUUGCGAGUCAAUACUGGUUACCAGAGCUGCCUGGUAUAGCGAAGAUGUUCUCCAAUGAGAUGACAUUAGCUUCAGCAUGGAUUCAUUUGUUAGCUGUAGACCUCUUUGCUGCAAGGCAGGUAUUUAAUGAUGGACUAGAAAAUGAAGUUGAGACUCGACAUUCGGUUUCUCUUUGCCUGCUCUUUUGUCCGAUUGGAAUCGCCACUCAUUGCAUCACUAAAGCACUAACCAAAGGUUCUGGAACUACCACGCAUGACAUGUAAUUCAUUGACUUGUGCUGAAACAAUCAAAUCAAUCUAUAAGAGGUUGACAAAAAUUGGAUUUUCCAACAUGAAAAAAAUACUACAAAACAUAUCAGCCUUUUAUAAACUCUCUUUUUGCAAAA